AUGGUUGUUGUGGUUGCUAUGACUGCAUUCGGUGGCAAUUAUUGUGAAGCUGUGAUGGUUUUGGUGGGUGUUGGUCAACAUUGUGGAGUUGUAUGGAUUGGUGUAAGAAAGUGGCUAAUGGUCAUAACUGAUUUGUACAAGAUGCACAAGCAAUUGUUUUCUGAAGGCAUUGUUAAGAUACUUCUUGAGACUUUCUCGUCAGUUGCUUCACAUGCCCACCAACUGAGCUCUCAGACGAUUCUCCAGCUGAAGCUGCAGAGAGCAUGCUCCAUCCUUGAGAUCUCUGAUCCACCCAUGGUCCACUUUGAAAAUGAGUCUUACCAGAAUUACCUUAACAUUCUGCGUGACUUACUCGUGAAUAAUCCAUCUUUAUCCGAGGAGAUGAAGAUAGAAGAAGUACUUGUUUCCGUGUGUGAAGAAGUUUUACGGGUAUACCUAGACUGUGCUGGGUUACAAUUUGUUAAGCAGAAACCAGAUAAUAAGCCAGUGCUUCACUGGAUUCUUCCACUGGGUUCUGCGAAAAAGGAAGAAUUGGCAGCAAGGACUUCUUUAGUUGUGUCUGCAUUGCAGAUUUUGCAUGGUUUUGAGACGGAUUCUUUUAGGAGGUAUGUUUCACAACUGUUCCCACUGUUGGUGGAUCUUGUAAGGAGUGAGCAUAGCUCAGGAGAAGUUCAGCGUGUCCUGAGCAACAUCUUCCAGUCAUGUAUAGGCCCAAUGUUAAUGAGAAUGUGA